AUGAAGACCACAACCCUUCUUGCCCUCGUGGCCGCGGCCACUCUGGGCUACGCUUCCCCCGUCCCUGAACAGCAGGCUGAGGCAGCUGAGGCUGGCGAGGCCACUGAACAGGGCCAGCAAUCUGAGGCUGGAACAGCGCAGAAGGGUAUGUACCCUCCUCCCGGUGCCGCCGGCGGCUUCCCGCCUCAGGGUCCUGCUCCUCAAGCCCUCGGGGGUGAUCCAUCUUGGGGUGGUGGUGGUGGUGGCCCAUGGUCUCAGGGUGGUCCACCUCAGGGCAUUCCACCUCAGGCGGCUCAAGCCAGCUAUCCGGGUGGCGGCUACCCACCACCCCCACAGCCCUACGAUCCCGCUCCCAUUCCACCACCACACCCAAUUCCACCACCCCCUCAUCCUUAUGGCGCUCCCCCUCCUCCGCCGCCACUUCCAUACGGUGGCCCACCUUACGAUCCCGGCGUUCCACCUUACGAUCCUGGCGUUCCGCCGCAUGGUGAGCGCUGCGUUCGUUGUGGGUUCCCAGGUCCCCUACCACCAGCAGGGGGUCCACCGAUCGGUGGUGGAUUUGGCGGCGGUGCGGGCGGUGGUGUCGUUGUUGGCGGCUCUGGCGGCGGUGCAGGUGGUGUCAUUGCAGGCGGAGGCUUUGGCUUCGGUGGAGGAGUUGCACCACUACCUCCUUGCGGCGACCCAUGGUGUGGAGGUCUCCCACCCCCACCAGUUGGCCUUCCGGCCUGGCCGAUCAAUGGCUUCCCUCCAGGCAGUCUUCUCAACAACGGUGGACUUCAGCAAUUCGCCGGGGACUGCUCAGCCCAACAGCAGGCGCUGUCCUGCUGCAACGGCGACGACAACAGCGGCGGUCUUCUUGGACUGCUACCUUUCGGAGCUUGUGGCUUCGAUCUCUUCAGCGAUCACUGCAACCAGCACGUGGCUUGCUGCGACACCAAUGGUGGGGGUCUCUUCACGAUCGGCGGGCUCUGCCAGCUCAUCAGCCUUUAG